AACCCCCAAAAUCACGACCCCUCUCUAGACUCGUCUUCGCGGCUUCUCUUCUCUUCUCUUUCGGAUCGUCGCUCGAGAUAUUCUUUUUGGCUGGAAGACCAAUUUCUAAGCGAUUGGCCUAGCUUUUCCUGCAAAGAUGAGCGUGGUUGGUUUUGAUGUUGGGAAUGAGAGCUGCAUCGUUGCUGUUGCAAGGCAGAGGGGGAUUGAUGUUGUGCUCAAUGAUGAGUCCAAGCGUGAAACUCCUGCAGUUGUAUGCUUCGGUGACAAACAAAGGUUCAUUGGGACUGCCGGGGCUGCAUCUACUAUGAUGAACCCCAAGAAUUCAAUCUCACAGAUAAAGAGACUAAUUGGUAGACAAUUUUCCGACCCAGAAUUGCAGCGGGAUCUGAAAUCAUUGCCUUAUGCUGUCACUGAAGGGCCUGAUGGAUUUCCAUUAAUUCAUGCACGGUAUUUGGGUGAAGUUAGAACAUUUACGCCUACUCAAGUUCUGGGAAUGGUGUUGUCAGAUCUCAAGGGGAUAGCUGAGAAGAAUCUGAAUGCAGCUGUUGUUGAUUGUUGCAUUGGAAUUCCAGUUUAUUUUACUGAUCUUCAGAGAAGGGCAGUCUUAGAUGCAGCAAAGAUUGCUGGUCUGCAUCCUCUUCGCUUGAUUCAUGAAACAACGGCAACUGCCUUGGCUUAUGGAAUUUAUAAAACAGAUCUUCCUGAAAAUGAUCAACUGAAUGUUGCCUUUGUUGAUAUCGGACAUGCUAGCAUGCAAGUGUGCAUUGCUGGCUUUAAAAAGGGGCAGCUGAAAGUAUUGGCCCAUUCAUUUGAUAGGUCUCUAGGUGGUAGAGAUUUUGAUGAGGUCUUAUUUAAUCACUUUGCUGCAAAAUUUAAGGAGGAGUACAAGAUUGAUGUUUUCCAGAAUGCCAGGGCUUGUCUGAGGCUCAGGGCUGCAUGUGAUAAGCUGAAGAAGGUUCUCAGUGCAAAUCCAGAGGCACCUCUGAACAUUGAAUGCCUAAUGGAAGAGAAGGAUGUCAGGGGAUUCAUCAAGCGUGAGGAUUUUGAGCAACUAAGUGUUCCAAUUUUGGAACGUGUGAAGGCACCUUUAGAGAAGGCAUUAGCAGAAGCAAACCUUACUGUUGAGGAUAUUCACAUGGUUGAGGUGGUUGGCUCAGGUUCUCGCGUACCAGCUAUAAACAAAAUAUUGACAGAAUUUUUCCAAAAGGAGCCAAGGCGCACAAUGAAUGCAAGUGAGUGUGUUGCCAAGGGGUGUGCCUUGCAAUGUGCAAUUCUUAGUCCGACAUUUAAAGUGCGAGAGUUUCAGGUCAAUGAAAGCUUUCCAUUUUCAAUUUCACUGUCAUGGAAAGGCUCUGGUCCAGAUGCACAAGAAAAUGGAGCAGAUAAUCGCCAAAGUACUGUUGUUUUUCCCAAAGGAAAUGCCAUACCGAGUGUCAAGGCCCUGACAUUUUAUAGGUCAGGAACAUUUUCUGUUGAUGUGCAGUAUGAUGAUACGAGUAUGCUGCAAGGACCUGCAAAGAUUAGCACAUAUACUAUUGGUCCUUUCCAAACUACAAAGAGUGAAAGUGCGAAAGUUAAAGUGAAAGUUCGUCUGAAUUUGCAUGGAAUUGUAUUUGUUGAGUCAGCUACUCUUCUGGAGGAGGAAAUCGUUGAGGUUCCAGUGUCAAAAGAACCAGCAGGAGAAAAUGCUAAGAUGGACACUGAUGAGGCUCCUACUGAUGCUGCCGCACCACCACCGUGCUCUAAUGAUACUGAUGUCAAUAUGCAAGAUGCAAAGGCAACUUCUGAAACCUCUGGGGUUGAAAAUGGCAUCCCAGAUACAGCAGACAAGCCUGUGCAGAUGGAGACUGAUACCAAGGCUGAGGCUCCGAAAAAGAAGGUCAAGAAGACAAAUAUACCUUUUUCAGAGCAGGUUUAUGGAGCCCUGGCCCCUGCAGAUCUCCAGAAAGCUGUAGAGAAGGAGUUUGAACUGGCUUUACAAGAUCGAGUAAUGGAGGAAACAAAAGACAGGAAAAAUGCAGUUGAGGCAUAUGUUUAUGACAUGAGAAACAAGCUUGCUGACAAAUACCAAGAUUUUGUCACUGCUUCGGAGAGGGAGGAGUUUAAUGCCAAACUUCAGGAGGUGGAAGACUGGUUAUAUGAAGAGGGUGAAGAUGAAACUAAAGGUGUAUACAUUGCCAAGCUUGAGGAACUCAAGAGGCGAGGUGAUCCAAUUGAGGAGCGUUACAAGGAAUUUAUGGAGAGAGGUACAAUAAUCGAUCAGUUCAUCUACUGCAUAAAUAGUUACAGAGAAGCUGCCAUGUCAAAUGAUCCCAAAUUUGAUCAUAUUGACAUCUCUGAGAAGCAGAAGGUAUUGAAUCAAUGUGUGGAAGCUGAGGCCUGGCUUAGGGAGAAGAAGCAGCAGCAGGAUUCACUUCCAAAACAUGCUCCUCCUGUACUCCUAUCAGCUGACAUAAGAAAGAAAGCUGAGACAGUUGAUAGGUUCUGUAAGCCGAUCAUGACAAAACCAAGGCCGGCCAAGCCAGCUACUCCUGAAGCAACCGCAACCCCACCUCCUCAGGGUGGUGAACAGCCGCCUCAACAAACUGAGGGGGAUGCAAACACCAAUGCUAGUGCCAGUGCCAAUGAAAAUGCCGGGGACAAUGCUGCUGGUCAGGCUCCACCGCCAGCGACUGAACCAAUGGAGACUGACAAGUCAGAGAACACAGGCUCUGCAUAAUUUUUGAUGGUUUAUUUUAAAGUUAGUGAGAAGACCAUAAGUCUCUUACCUUCUGUAUAAGAAUACGAUUUGGACUUUUGGGAAAUAGGAUUUGAAAGGUGGGAUUAGCAGUGAGUGGCCGCUGGAUGCUUUGGUUAGAGCCCUCUCUGCGGGAUGGCUUCGCAGAUUUUAUUACGUUCUUUGAAAUCCGGAUUUUCUUUUUCUUUUUCUUUUUUUUUUUUUGCCACUGAAAGGGUUUUGAAGAGAAAAUGAUUAUGUGUGUGGGUCUACCUUCCUAGCCCGCCCCUUAGGGGGUUGGGUUGUUUCUGUACGGUCUCUAGAUGUUGAGUUAUAAUAUCUAUUUACAAUUUUAUAAUUUUCAUACAAAAUCUUCUUUCAAUUAAAUACAUCAAUUAUUGUUAUUUGUUCCCA